CCCUUGUCCUGGGGUCUUAAAAGGGCAAAGAAAGGGCCUUGGGACAGGCACGUGGGAGCGGUCCUUCCUCUGUAGGUUGUGGUUUUGAGUCUUUGCUAGGGCACGGGAAAGACAGAGUGCCCCCCAGUCUCAGCCCCGCGUCGGCCCCGGCAGCGCAGCGCGAGGUGCCCUGUCCCGGCGGCGGCGACAUGCGCGCGCUGCGGGCAUCCCUGACACUGGUGCUCGGCGCGGGGGUGGGCGCUGCGGCCGAGCGCUGGCGGCGGGACAGGGCGGAUGCGCGGGCGGUGCCAGGGCUUUUGGGCCGGCUGCCGGUGCUGCCCGUGGCGGCCGCAGCCGAGCUGCCUUUGGUGCCCGCGGAACCGGCCGGCCUGGGCUCCGGCGAGCUCGCUAAGUACGGGUUACCCGGGGUGGCGCAGCUCAAGAGCCGGGAGUCGUACGUGCUGUGCUACGACGCGCGCACCCGUGGCGCGCUCUGGGUGAUCGAGCAGCUGCGGCCCGAGCGGCUCCGCGGCGACGGCGACCGCCGGGCGUGCGACUUCCGCGAAGACGAGUCGGUGCACGCGUACCACCGCGCCACUAACGCGGACUUUCGCGGCAGCGGCUUCGACCGCGGCCACCUAGCCGCCGCCGCCAACCACCGCUGGAGCCAGAAGGCCAUGGACGACACUUUCUACCUGAGCAACGUCGCACCCCAGGUACCACACCUCAACCAGAACGCCUGGAACAACCUGGAGAAGUACAGUCGCAGCCUGGCACGCAGCUACCAGAACGUCUAUGUCUGCACUGGGCCACUCUUCCUGCCUAGGACGGAGGCUGAUGGGAAGUCCUACGUGAAGUACCAGGUCAUCGGCAAGAACCAUGUGGCGGUGCCCACUCACUUCUUCAAGGUGCUGAUCCUGGAGGCCACAGGCGGGCAGAUUGAGCUCCGCUCCUACGUGAUGCCCAAUGCGCCUGUGGACGAGGCGAUCCCACUCGAGCGCUUCCUCGUGCCCAUUGAGAGCAUUGAGCGGGCUUCGGGGCUGCUCUUUUUGCCCAACAUCCUGGCACGGGCGGGCAAUGUCAAGGCCAUCACUGCAGGCGGCAAGUGAGACACAGGUGGGGACUAAGAGUGUGGCAUCUGCAGCGCAUUAAAGGUGAUGUUCUUGGA